AUGACGUUGAUCUUUAGCUCCAUACUAGGCGCAUUCCUCGGCUGUAUUUGGCUGGGAUUUUCGGGUACCCUGACCUGCCGCUGUCGACCAGGGGAACCAUGUUGGCCGGCGGCAUCGGAGUGGACAGCUCUCAACACUACCCUAAGAGGGGAUCUGCUCGAAGUCCGACCCGUCGCUCACGUUUGCCAUGACCCAUUCUACAAUUAUCCCGCCUGUCAGAACUUAGCCGAUCUUGCGAGGGAUAGUGGUUGGAGAGCUUCCCAGCCCGGCGCCUUACAAGGCUGGAUAUGGGAGACUGGUCGCACUGAGGACGAGACGUGCCAUGCGCAUUCUCCACGUGGUGCGCGUUGUCAUCAAGGCCGGAUUCCAUUGUAUUCAGCCGCGGUCGAGUCCGUUGACCAGGUUCAGGCAGCAGUGAGGUUUGCGCAACGCCAUCGAGUUCGCUUGGUUGUCCGUAAUACUGGCCAUGACACCGCGGGGCGGUCGAGUGCCCCCGACUCGUUCCAGAUACACACCCAUCGCAUGAAGCAGAUCGAGUAUCAUGACAACUUCCGGGCCAUUAGUUCGGAUAUAGACCAGGGCCCAGCAGUGAGCGUGGGCGCUGGAGUCCUUCUGGGCGAGAUGUAUGCGAGAGGUGCCCGCGAUGGUUGGGUGGUCGUCGGAGGGGAGUGUCCUACUGUGGGUGCGACGGGCGGUUUUCUCCAGGGAGGCGGAGUGUCCAGUUUCCAUAGUUUCAUUAAUGGUCUCGCUGUUGAUAAUGUCCUCGAAUUCGAGAUCGUGACGGCCAAGGGAGAGGUUGUCGUGGCCAAUAACAGCCAGAACCCGGACCUCUUCUGGGCAUUGCGAGGAGGAGGCGGAGGCACUUUUGGCGUUGUCACGCGUGCUACGAUGAGAGUGCAUCACAAUGACCCUGUCUGUAUAUCGGAGGUGGCAGUAACAGGUCAUCGGAAUGACUCGUUGCUCUGGACAAGAGGAGUCGCCGGUCUUUUCUCUGUUCUUCGCUCGUUCAACCAGCAGGGUAUACCAGGCCAGUUUAUUCUUCAACCGUUAUCCGAGCAUCAGGUCAAUGCAAGUCUCACUCUCUAUUCGAUGAACACAACCGACACUCGACGAGCGGCCGAAAACAUGCUGUCUAUUGUGAAGGUCCUUGAAUCUACCACCCUUCCCUUCAGGCUGGCCUCCAGGUGUCUCUCAAAGGUCAGCGAUGUGCUCCGAAAAGAAUCUGACAUUCUCCCCGCUAAUUACGGAAUCCUCACUGGUUCCGUCCUGGUAUCGGAGGAUCUCUUCAACUCCGAGCAAGGGCCACUCCAUCUAGCGAACCAGUUAGAACAAUUUCCCAUGGGACCGGGCGACCUUCUGUUCACCAGCAACCUCGGCGGAAAUGUUACAGCGAACACCGAAAAGAAGCAUACGGACACCUCGAUGCACCAGGCAUGGCGGCAAGCGGCCCACUUGAUCAACUACGUGCGCAGUGUGAGCACACCUACCGCGCAGGAGAAGGCCAGAAGCUUGGAAGAGCUCCACAGCGUCCAGAUGCGGAAGCUGUACAAUAUCGAGCCCGGUUUCAGAGUUUCGUACAGGAAUCUAGGGGAUCAUCUAGAAGGCGAUGCUCCGCAGGUAUAUUGGGGCGCAAAUUACAGGCGGCUGCUGGAAAUCAAGCGGAAGUGGGACCCAGAGGAUCUGUUUGUCUCGCAAUUGGGAGUGGGAAGCGAGGGGUGGGCCGAUGAUCAAAUGUGUAAAAGACAGCGAAGAUUGAAUUACUUAAUGUCUAGCAUUGCACAGUGGCUGCAUCUCUGA